AUGACAUCCCGCGAAGAAACCGUCCUAGCUCCCACCGAUCCCUCUAUCACUGAUGAGAACGAUUGGUGGGAGUUCGGCCUCACUGAUGUGAAAGUUCUGAAGCCCGGAAAGAUGCUUUAUGCGAAUCUACUAGAUGCCACCGAACAGAAUCCAGUGCAGGUAAUCGGCUGCUUAGAGCCGCUUCGUGAGGAACAGCAACACUUGAUCAUCACUUCAUCAGUACUGAAACCCGACAAUCCUCCGAAGCGCAUUAUUAUCGACGAAGUCACACACUACGCCUACGGCCAAACCGAAGAUAAGAGCAUUGAGCUCUGGGUUGCUGGUAAGGCGGGCUGGUUCGAUCUUAUCUCGCCUGCCAAGGGUUUCACGCCGACAUACAAUCGCAUGGUACAGGCCAUCGACUUGCUGUAUUUCCUGGUCGACAAGCACCAACAAGGGAACAAGCAGAUCAAUCCAUCCUUCCGGAGUCUCUGCGAACAAUACAUUUACCACACAUAUGGCUCAUGUGAAACCCGACAACAAUCGGCGGAAGUGUUCGCGACCCAUGCUACGUUCUUGCUUCGCUGCAUGAUCCAGGGCGAUGCAGAUGUAGAAUGGAAGAAAACAAAUGUAUUCGUCCAUUUGCGUCGCCACUUUCAUGAUGAUUACAAGCGGCUGAUGGAGGAGGCUGCAUCCUCUGAGGAAAGUGAAGUUCAUGAGGAGCCAGAAGUGUCCACACCCCGACAUCAGCCUGCAGCAAUUUCAAAGUCACAAGCCGACGCUAUCUACCAAUUACUCAAAGAUCUCAGAACAGAGGGUCACUUGGCAAAGCGUCGUUUGCAUAUUGACCUUCUAAGGGAACGCCUGGCAGAGCGAUUUUCGCUCAGUCACGAUGAUGCCCAGAAAAUUAUUGCCAUUAGGGCAAGCAAUGUCCUAGAAAUGAUGGAUGAAGAGGACUUCAGAUGGUCCCGCUAUGUCAUUCACCGGGAACUCACACAUGCAUCCUCGAAAUCCGCUCCUCUUCCAGCCUCACUCCUCAUGCCCCUAGAUUCCCCGGAAGAAUCUAGCGAUGAUGAACGAUAUGGCCGGACUCACAAGUCUGUGCUGCGCCCCAAAGUUACCACUGUCUCGAACAAAGUGACCGGGAAGCGAAAUCGCAAUGCUUCCACAGCUCAACACACGGUCGAAUCCAAUGACGAGGACGACCAAGAAGAGACCGAUGAAGCCGACGAGAUUGAAACACCCAGCAAAAUCCGCGGUCACGAAUUGAUCAGGGAUCCAUGGUCAGCCUCAAAGCCCCGGACUCGGUCAUUCGUAUCAGCAAUUUCGAGCGGCGCCGGCUCCUCUCUCAUGAAGAGCCUAUUCAAGGACAACAUCAAAGACAAACUCCAGUCUCCUUCCGUAUCUUCAUCUCCAACGCGCCAAAAGUUUCUGACCCCAGAGCGGGAUUUGACUCCAGAGUCAUCGCACGAAGUUGAAGAAUUCAUCGAUGACUUAUCUGAUACUUGGACAUGCCGCAUGCCCGGAUGUGAUAAAGUGAUCACGUCAAUUGAUAGAGACGAGCGCAAAAGGCUGGUUGGCGACCACGCUGGAGAACACGACUGGGAAACCCAGAUGAAAGUCGAGCUCAUGGAAUCGGAGAAACGCAUGCAUGCAUCCUUCCCCGUAAGCAACCUCAUGCAAUAUGUUGUUGAUGCGCAUGUGCUGCAAAUGCGCACUGCAUUUCCGGAAUUCUAUUCUGCGGGCAAAACAAACGGCACAUCCCAGGAUGGAGAAACCCCCCAGAAUGGAGAGAUACCCGUUCCAGCAGCCGAUAGCCUAGAAGAGCAGAAUGAUGCGGACGAAGAGGAUGAAGAAGAGGAGCUUGAAGAUCUUGUGAAUGGCUACAGUUGA